AUGAGGCAGCUCAGCCACCCGUUCCCAGAAGCGCCAGAGACUCUCUGGGCUUCCCUGCGUCUCCGCCACCCCGCAGCACCACCACUCACCCACCCACCCACCCACCCCGCCAAACGGGAAAGAGGCCUCUCCCAAGAGCCCAGCCGGGCCAAGGCACCCUCCGGAGAGGCCAAGGCGCCAGCCCCUCGCGUCCCCCCAGAGGCCGGCCGGCCGUCCCGGACCCAGCAGUCGCCCCUCUGCCCGCGCUCAGAGGCACGCUCCCCCCUCUCGCGCCAGGGGGCCCUAGCUGAGCCCCGGGCGCCGCCGCGGGAGCGGGGCCGGCAGUGGCGGGCCGCGGAGCUCGCUCGCCCGCCCGCCGCCCGCCCGCAGCCCCCAUGCGCCGCCCCCGACGGCCGGGGCCGGCGGCGGCGGGCGGAGGAUGGCGGCAUGGCGCUUAGCCGGCGCGGGCGGCGGGGGCUGGCGCUGGCCGCCCUGCUCUGGCUCUCGGGCACCGGCCUCUGCUACAGCCUGCUGCUCCUCUGCUGCGCCCCGGAGCCGCCGACCCCCGACGGGCCCCGCUGCCUGCCCGCCCCUCCCGCCGCCGCCGCCGCCCGCAAGAAACUUCUGCACCAGGCGUCGCGCGCCUGCCCGGGAGCCCCCCCCGCCGCCGCCGCCCCCCCGCCCGCCGCCCCCCCGCCGGCCAAGCGCCUGCCAAGCGCCCUCAUCGUGGGCGUCAAGAAGGGGGGCACGCGCGCCGUGCUCGAGUUCAUCCGCGGCCACCCGGCCGUGCGCGCCCUGGGCACCGAGCCCCACUUCUUCGACCGACACUACCACCGCGGCCUCGACUGGUACAGGCAGCUGAUGCCACGCACGGUGGAGGGCCAGAUCACCAUGGAGAAGACCCCCAGCUAUUUUGUCACCCGAGAAGCCCCCCAGCGCAUCUUCAACAUGUCCAGGGACACCAAGCUGAUCGUGGUGGUGCGCAACCCUGUGACACGGGCCAUCUCGGACUACACCCAGACCCUCUCCAAGAAGCCGGACCUCCCUACCUUCGAGGGGCUCUCCUUCCACAACCGCAGCCUGGGCCUGGUGGACACCUCCUGGAACGCCAUCCGCAUCGGCCUCUACGUGGUCCACCUGCAGGGCUGGCUUCGCUUCUUCCCGCUCUCCCAGAUGCACUUUGUCAGCGGCGAGCGGCUCAUCACAGACCCCGCAGGGGAGAUGGGCAAGAUCCAGGACUUCCUGGGCAUCGAGCGGUUCAUCACCGAGAAGCACUUCUACUUCAACAAGACCAAGGGCUUCCCCUGCCUGAAGCGGAGCACGGAGGGCGGCCCGCCCCGCUGCCUGGGCAAGUCCAAAGGCCGGACUCAUGCCCAGAUUGACCCGGAAGUCAUCGAGCAGCUCCAGGACUUCUACCGCCCCUACAACAUCAAGUUCUACGAGAUGGUCGGGCAGGACUUCCGGUGGGACUAGAG